AUGGUUAUGGUUCCAGAGCUUUCUCAGAUUCACGUUCUCGAGAUGCCAUCUAAGACAUCAAUCUGUACCUUGAAGCCGGAGACGGAUGCUAAACUGGGCAUGCCCAUGUCUCUGAGGAUGUGGCAGCCCAACACUGGCUCGCAUCCUCUCCUUUUGGCCGGCUAUGAGGACGGAUCGGUGGUUCUAUGGAAUCUGUCCCUGGGACAAAUGCUGAGUCGGCUCACCUGUCAUCAGGAGCCGGUCAUGAGCCUUGACUUCGAUGCGGAGAGGACCAAGGGAGUAUCCGGUUCCUCGGAGAAGCAGCUUUGCGUCUGGAGCCACAAGGGGCAGGAGAAACUGGAGCUUCAACAAACGUACCAGCUCACCAAUCCUGGGAUCUCCGAGGUGACGCUACGUCAAGACAAGAAGAUCUUGGCAACAGCCGGCUGGGAUCACCGCAUCCGCCUCUUCGGCUGGAAGAAGCUGAAGCCGUUAGCUGUCUUGGACUACCACACGUCAACGGUCUACUGCGUAGCCUUCUCAGAUCACAAGAAGCCCAGUGAGAGACUAAUGGCAGCUGGCUCCAAGGAUCACCGCAUCAGUGUCUGGUCAAUAUAUAAUCAGACAUGAAAGGAGGACUGGAGAAGAGCAACAUUUGCGGAGCUCAAAGAUGAGAGGGGACCAACGACUGUCCUACCAGAUGGAAGGAGAACGUCAACCAGUCACUUGUCCUAUGGAAUGGAAGGAGAAUAUCAAUUUUAGCAUAAGCUCAUGUUGAGUUCAAUUCCAGGGAAAUCCUUGGAGAAUCCUUGGGUGGGAGCCCCUCUCGGUCAGCUCCCCAUUGCUACUGGUUGCCUAGUGACUGACCAAAGGUCUCCUAAUGUCCCUUUUACUACUCAGUAAUCUUACAAUGCUGAGCAAGGAUGGUUACCACCACACAUUUGUUAUGACAAGGGUCUCUUUCUUUCCCUCCCUCUCCCUCUCUCUCUCUCCCUCUCUCUCCCGCUCUCAC